AGAUGAUUGAGGACAAACCUCCCUUAUGAGAUUCUUCUGGUCGCAGUAGCUGCCAUGAUCAAAAUCGAUCCUAGCUGCCCCAUACCUACCAUCCACGUUUCUCUUAGUCCUCACCGGUGACAGCUACUAGACACCACACAACAAACCAUCACCAGUGCCAUCGGGUGUCGUUCACAACAUGGAAAACCUCAGUCUCAAUGAUCCUCCUCCGCAGUCUGCAUCGCCACAACGGCCACCACAUCCACAGCAGCACCCACAUCAACAAAAUGCGGUCUUCCCAGGGGCCCCUCCGCCUCAGGGUGCUCCUCAAUUACCGCCGCAAAUGUUUACCACGGCGGCGCAACUACUGGACCUGACGGAUAAGAAACUCCUCCUUGUCCUCCGCGACGGACGCAAGAUUUUCGGCGUGCUACGGUCCUGGGAUCAAUUCGCGAACCUCGUUCUCACAGAGACAAAGGAGCGCUAUUUCGUCUCUGUGCCCUCACCAGCUUCUACGGGCCCUGCAGACCCUCAGUCGCAGCCACGACAAACACAACCCACUCGCAACCUCUACUGCGACAUCCCUCGCGGCACCUUUCUCGUGCGGGGCGAAAACGUCCUCCUGCUCGGCGAAGUCGAUCUUGACAAGGAAGACGAUCCUCCUCCCGGAUAUGAAGAAGGGGACGUUGAAGAGGUGUUCCGGAUACAGAAGGAAGCAGAGAGGGAGAGGAAGAAACGGGAUCGGCUGAAACACAAAAAGACCGCGUGGAGGGAUCCGGAGGGGAGUGGUGAAGUCUUGUUUUGAGGCUCCGCAGAGAGUAUGGUCUAAGAUCAGUCUCCUCGCAAUGAGGGCAGGAAGGACAUGCCCACAAACACGCGGGACAAAGGGACUACUGUUGGAUCGACAAACAUCUCUGUCCUGGCGAGGUUUGAUCAUUCUUACUGAAAUUGCUGGUCAAUCGUCGGGUACAGACCGGCGAGCCUCGAAACCCAUCUGAGAGGGUCUGGUGCACUUGCGGACUAGCUAGUUGCUACUGCAUUUGUUGGAGGAACAGAUGCAACUGCACGAAGGGCAAAGGCGCGCACAGACCAGGAGCAGAAUAUUGUGAAAUGCUCCUCUAUAUUGGUGCCAGAAGGAAAAGAUUAUUCCUUUCUAUUCUGCCAACCACUGUCUCUAGCAGCAGCAGCAGCAGCAGUCAAUACCAUCGCUGUGAUGUGCUUUAUUGAGUUAGAACCCCCUUCGAAGAAUCACAAAACACCGAAGACCCAGGAGCUCAAACGGUGUCUGCUGAGAUCGUUUCGUUUUGCUGUGUUUGACCUGAUGUGGCCUUCUGACAGCGUCAUAAUGGGUUUGCAUUCAUCUGCAAGCCCGCCCUCGGUUUCUUGCUAUUCAAGGGAAUGAGAAGACAUCCAGCACAAGCCUCGCGUGUUUCUCCAGUUUCGGUUGCUGGAAAUCGGGCUAUGGGUAGCUCGCGUUUUUCCCACCAGCCGGCUGGCUGUUCGUGCAGUCGGCGACCUGGCCUCCUUUGCGUUUCGCAGCCUGUGACCGUUGAUAGUAAUCCCUUCCACCCAGUCCGACGACAUGAGCGG